AAUGCCACGGCUGCGCAAGGAUCAAAGUCACGCAUUCAUCAAGUGGUUGCUCAAACCAUGGGUUUUGGACAAAAACAUGAUGCAACCAUGGAUAUACCAUUGGAUACAAUGAAUGAUAAGAAGAAAAAGGAAAAGGAACUUGCACUUUGGGAGGCAGAUCUGAAAAGGAGGGAACAAGAACUUAAACGAAGGGAAGAUGCUGUUGCUAGUGCUGGUGUCCCUUCAGAUGAUAAGAACUGGCCUCGGUCUUUUCCAAUUAUUCAUCAUGAUAUAGCCAAUGAAAUUCCUGUUCAUGCUCAGAGAUUGCAGUAUCUGGCCUUUGCGAGUUGGUUAGGUAUAGCUCUUUGUCUAGUAUAUAAUGUUAUUGCUGUGACUGUUUGUUGGAUUAGAGGUGGAGGUGUAAAAAUUUUUUUCCUGGCAACAAUAUAUGCUUUACUUGGAUGCCCUCUUUCUUAUGUCUUGUGGUAUAGGCCACUCUAUCAUGCUAUGAGGACAGACAGUGCUUUGAGAUUUGGUUGGUUUUUCAUGUUCUACUUGCUUCACAUUGGCUUUUGCAUUUUUGCUGCUAUUGCUCCUCCUAUUGUGUUUCAUGGGAAGUCACUG